ACCCCUUUAGUAAUCGAUAAAAAUUUAUAAUUAAAUUAACUUAACUCUAUUAGGAACUAAUUGAUAGAGUAGCCAAAAAUGGAUGAUGAGUCUCUGCCAGUCGUAGUAAAUGGUGGAUACCGGUGUGAUAACGGUAGCAUAUACGUAGGAUCUUGGAAUAACGAGGGUAAAAGGCACGGCAAUGGUCAUCUACUACUAGCCGAUGGUACUCGUUACGAUGGAUACUUUCAGGACGGUCUAUAUAAUGGCUUAGGAGUACUGACAUUUACUGAUGGCGCAAAGUUCGUAUUAAUUUUCCUAAUAUCAAAAGCUAGUAUUGCAAAGAAUCUUCUGUACUUUCUUUUGUACACUUCACAUAUGAGGGAGAGUUUUUCCAAGGAUGGUUUCACGGGUAUGGCAUUUUCUGGAGAAGCGAUGGUAUGCGACACGAGGGAGAAUUUAGAGGAGGGAAAGUUUGGGGACUAGGAUUGACUACUUUUAAGGACAAUACCAAUGGGUUUCCAAAGAACGAAGGUUUCUUUCAAAAUUGUCAACUCAAAUUACGAAAAAAGUGUCCUGAUAUUAUUCAGAAGGCGCAGAAAAUAUCUCUGCUGGCAAGACAA